UAUAAUUCCUCCUCCUCCUAAACUACUAGAACCCCUCCUCUCCCUCCUCCUCCUCCUCCGCCACCCUGCGCCGCCGCCCGAAUCCCCUCCCACUCGCCGCCGCCGGCGACAGCAGGCACGGUGCGAGCGGCCGGACGUCCUCCUCUCCUCCUCCACGCGCGUUCGCUGCCGGCGAGCAGGGGCAGACGAGCACGCGACGCGGCGCCGGCCUCCUUCCACCGCCACCUACCUGACGCCGCCGCCUCGGUUCGAACCGAACCGAAUCGAAUCGAAGAUGAACGGGAUAAAGGAGAUGAUGUUGGAGGGGCUGUAGUUAAGUAGCACAAGAGAGGUGAACAGACGUCGGGAGCGUGUUCUCUCGCCAUGUCUCGGUCGCCGCACCUCCCUCCCCGCUGCCCGCCGCUGGGUCCUCAGAUCACAAGGAGGGACGACAGCUUGUUCACGCAGAGCUGCAGGUUUCCGUCGGAGGAUCCAUUCGUCGGUGAGCCGCCGUGCUGGCUCGAUGAUCUCCUCGCGGACUCCGGGAAGAGCCACACCCUUCCUCCUCUCAGGAGAGCCUGCAGCGAUUCUGAUGCUAUCUUGGAUGUGCUGACGUCGUUCCAGAGCCCAAUCUACCCUAUCGAUGAAGGGGAUCCGCAGCCGGUUGGCGAAGCUGGGGAGUCGUUCAAUGCUGCGGCUGAAGGGGGUGGAAGUGGUGCUGGCAUCGAAGGUAGCUGUGUUUAUGGACCAAAUUCGCCGAGACAGAAGACUAGGCUGACCAGUUCAGAGAGUUCCAUGGUUAACGCUGUCUUGGAGAAUGUCCCUAGCAACCCAUUGCAGUACCUGAUGAUUGAUGCCACAAGUGGUGUGAACUGUAAUGUUGGUGCAGCCAAUGGAACUGGAGACACAGGUGAUGCUGUAUGCCACGCUGAUCAAGAGAAGUCACUUAAAAGGCGCUCAGGCCAAAGAUCAAGGGUCAGAAAACUUCAAUACAUUGCUGAUCUUGAGAGAACUGUUGACUCACUUCAGAACAUAGGGGCUGAUUUGGCUGUGAGGGUGGCAUCUCUUUUCCAGCUUCGUAAUGCUCUAUCAAUGGAAAACAAGCAACUGAGGAGGCAGAUCACUAGUCUUCAGCAGGCAAAACUAAUUAAGGAUGGCCAAACGCAGAUGCUGAAGAAGGAAACCGAGAGGCUGAAGCAGCUCUCAGUGCGCCACCGCAGGAGCAGGAGCGUCACCUCUUGCUUUGAGGCCAACUCAUUUGGAGGAGGAGACCCAUCUGCGAUCAACUGGCAGAUGCUCGACAUGUCAAAGCUCAGCUUGAACGGCGGCGCUGUUGUUCCUCCUAGAGGCGGCUACGGCAUGUGAAAAUUUGACAGCAACAACCAACAUUGCCUGCACUGAUCUUCACCUGUGACAGAAUUGCUUGCAAUAUCAUUAGUUUGUGGUUAACAGUUCACUAACCUGACCAACCAUAGGUUUAUUAUUAUGGGUCCAUCUUUUAGGAGAGGGAGAUUAAGAGAGGGAGAGAGUUGAGAGAACAUCAGUCGUUAUCGCGGAAGAUUUGCUGAGGUUAUCAUGCAAGUUUUAUCUUUUUUGUAGAAUUCUGCAAUGACUUCCAUCGAACACAUAUGAGAUGAAGCAAUCUUUGCAUUGCUUAAAUUGCUGUGUUUAGCGUCA